AUGUCAUCUCCCUCAGCCAAGGUCGAGUCACUGUCGUCAGUGCCUAGCCCCAAGGCUCUGGAGUCUGCCGGGAUGGCAAAACGACAUGGACCCGACUCGAACUGGACCGACCCGGAGCAUUUGGGGCGACCCAAACCUGCCCCGUUUCUAAAAUGGGGUCGGGCCUGGCCCGACCUGUUAACUAAGCGGGCCAAGUCCGGGUAUUUCGCGAAUAGAAAAUCGCCUCUCAAAUUGUCAGCCGCCAUGGCCUCACUCCCUAUUCCUCUCUCUCUUACUCUAUCUUCACUGGCCAAAACGCCCAGCAGCAAGCCUUCUCCUUCUCUGUUCAAGCAAUAUCUCAAUUCCCGACCUCUACAGCUGUUCCAGCCCAACACCCCCUCUCACUUCACAGCCCUCUACAAACUUCCGAGCCCCAGUUCUCCCGUUGAAUCUUCUCCUCAGCUGUCGGACGACGAUAACGACCCAGACUUCGAUGAAGAGGACGACGAAGAUGACUUGGAUUCGGAGGAGUACGAGCCAGUUUCUGCCGAUAUCCAGGACGACAGUGAGCAAGAAGAAGAUGAUGAAGACGACGAGGAGAAUGCUGGUGUCGGCGUGAGCGGCCGCGACUCGAGAUAUGAAGAGUUCAAGUGGCAGAGGGUGGAGAGGUUUAGGAAUGAAGUGAGGGAAUUCGGCAAGGACAUCAUUGAUGUCGAGGAGUUGGCCUCAGUUUACAACUUCAGAAUUGAUAAAUUUCAGCGAUUGGCUAUCCAAGCAUUCUUGAGAGGUUCUUCAGUUGUAGUUUCUGCACCAACGAGUAGUGGAAAAACUUUGAUUGCCGAAUCUGCAGCAGUUGCUACUGUAGCCCGAGGAAGGAGAUUGUUCUACACUACUCCUCUAAAGGCAUUGUCGAACCAGAAGUUCCGUGAUUUUCGUGAGACAUUUGGUGAUGCGAAUGUUGGGCUCCUUACUGGAGAUUCUGCUGUCAAUAAAGAUGCUCAUAUUUUGAUAAUGACCACCGAGAUUUUGCGCAAUAUGUUGUAUCAAAGUGUUGGAAUGGAUUCCUCUGAAAGUGCACUUGCCCAUGUGGAUGUGAUUGUUUUGGAUGAAGUGCACUACUUAAGUGACAUGUCUCGGGGUACUGUUUGGGAAGAGAUUGUAAUAUAUUGCCCCAAACAAGUGCAGCUAAUAUGUCUGUCAGCAACUGUCGCGAACCCAGAUGAGUUAGCAGGUUGGAUUGGUCAGAUUCACGGAAAAACUGAAUUGGUCACAUCAUCUAAGCGUCCCGUACCUUUGACAUGGCACUUCUCGACAAAGACAUCACUAUUACCACUUCUUAAUGAGAAAGGCACUGGCAUUAAUAGGAACCUGUUGCGCAACCAGUGGCAGCUCGACUCAUCAGGAGGUGACCCAUACGAAGACGAGGGCUCUUGGCAGCGGAAAUCAAGAAAAAAUAAGCUGAACACGUCCACACGCUCAAAAAACGGCAACAAUUUCAAUCGUCGCUCGCAGGUUCCUCAAGUCAUAGAUACUCUCUGGCAUCUCAAAGCGAAGGACAUGCUUCCGGCAGUCUGGUUCAUCUUCAGCAGGAAAGGCUGUGAUGCUUCCGUCCAGUACCUCGAGGACUUCAACCUAUUGAAUGAGUGUGAAAUAACAGAAGUCGAGCUCGCCCUCAAGAGAUUCCGCCUUAAAUAUCCCGAUGCCAUUAGGGAAUCCUCCGUAAAGGGGCUUCUCCGAGGUGUGGCAGCCCACCACGCCGGCUGUCUCCCCCUCUGGAAAUCAUUCAUUGAGGAGCUUUUCCAGAAGGGGCUCGUGAAGGUCGUCUUUGCCACAGAGACCCUCGCUGCGGGGAUCAACAUGCCUGCGAGGACAGCUGUCAUCUCGUCCCUGAGCAAGAGGACAGAGAAUGGCCGGAUCCUCUUGAAUUCCAAUGAGCUGCUACAGAUGGCUGGCCGUGCUGGCCGCAGGGGGAUUGAUGAGAGGGGUCAUGUUGUGGUCAUCCAGACUGCGAACGAGGGUGCGAAGGAGUGCUAUAAGGCCCUCUUCUCGGGGCUCAAGCCUCUUGUGUCGCAGUUUACGGCUUCAUACGGGAUGGUGCUUAAUCUGCUCGCUGGCGCAAAAAUUACCCGUAGCUUGCCCGAACGGGUUGACUCAGAUGUGUCGCGUGCUGGUCGAACGCUGGAAGAAGCAAGGAAGUUGGUUGAACAGAGUUUUGGAAAUUAUGUGGGGAGCAAUGUCAUGGUUGCAGCGAAGGAUGAGCUUGCUAGAGUACAGAACGAGAUACAGAUGCUAGCUUCAGAAAUUACCGAUGAGGCCAUUGAUAAGAAGAGCCGGAAACAGUUGUCAAAAUCAGCUUACCAGGAGAUUGCAUAUCUGCAGGAAGAAUUAAAGGGAGAAAAACUUAUUCGGACUGAACUUCGGAAAAGGAUGGAACUUGAGAGAAUUAAUUCCUUGAAGCCAUUACUUAAGGAGCUUGGAAGAGGUCAUCUAGCUUUUAUAUGCCUGCAGCAUACAAAUUCAGAUGGUAAUCUGACUCAAAUCCCGGCUGUUUAUUUGGGGGAGGUUGACUCUUUAAACACUACUAAAGUAAAGAAAAUGGUUAACGAAUCUGAUUCUUUCGCACUUAAUAAGGAUAUGAUGUCUGAACAUGGCACCGAACCUUCUUACCACGUGGCUCUUAGUUCAGAUAAUUCUUGGUACCUUUUCACAGAGAAGUGGGUCAGAACAAUCUAUAAAACAGGGUUCCCCAAUGUUGCCUUGGCUAUAGGUGAUGCUGUGCCUAGUGAACUAAUGACAGUUCUCCUUGAUAAAGGAGAGAUGCAAUGGGAAAAGGUUGCGGAAUCAGAACUUGGUGGCCUUUGGAGCAUGGAAGGAUCUCUUGAGACAUGGUCUUGGAGUCUAAAUGUGCCAGUCUUGAGUAGUCUUUCUCAAGAUGAUGAGGUUGUGGAAUUAUCUGAAACAUACCGUACUGCCAUAGAACUCUACAAGGACCACAGAAACAAAGUUGCACGUCUGAAGAAAAAGAUAGCACGGACAGAAGGCUUCAAAGAAUAUAAAAAGAUUCUAGAUGUUGCUAAGUUUACUGGAGAGAAGAUACGGAGGUUAAAUGUUAGGUCAAGGCGUCUGGCUACUCGCAUAGAGCAGAUUGAGCCAUCUGGCUGGAAGGAGUUUCUGCAGAUCAGUAAUGUCAUACAUGAAAUAAGGGCACUGGAUAUCAAUUCCCACGUUAUAUUCCCCCUUGGUGAAACUGCUGCAGCAAUACGAGGAGAGAAUGAACUCUGGCUGGCAGCUGUUCUUCGGAAUAAGAUUCUCUUGGACUUGAAACCUGCACAGCUUGCUGCCGUCUGUGGAAGUCUGGUUUCUGAAAACGUUCGGUCCUGGAAAAAUAAUAGCUAUGUAUAUGAAGCUUCCACCACUGUUAUGAAUGUAAUCACCUUCCUGGAAGAACAGAGGAUCUCUCUUUUAGAACUCCAGGAAAAGCAUGGGGUCCAGAUUCCUUGCUGCUUGGACAGCCAAUUCGCCGGCAUGGUUGAAGCCUGGGCUUCUGGUUUAACGUGGAGAGAGAUUAUGAUGGAUUGUGCCAUGGAUGAAGGCGACUUAGCUCGUCUUUUGCGACGAACGAUUGAUCUUUUAGCACAGGUACCUAAAUUGCCAGAUAUCGACCCGCUGCUUAAAAGCAGUGCUGUGAAAGCAUCGAGCGUCAUGGAUCGACCGCCCAUAAAGUCUUACAGGUUGGGAGCUGAUUUCUUCUUUCUGGCCGGGGAAACCGGAAAGGCCUCUCUUUGUUUGCAAUCAGAUGGGCUCUUGAGGCUGCUCUCUUGGAAGGCUGGAGAAGGAUCAUCUGCUGCUUUCAUCAUAAAGAAGUGA